GCUUGAAUUUGUCAACAUCCGAUACCAACUCGGUCGCUGUGAUUGUGAAAGGUUUAAGAUUCUUUCCAUAUUUUAUAAAAAUAUAUUUAGAAUCGUCUAUUAUAUUAAAGUUAAAUGGAAAAGUGAUGAACAAUGUUUGUCAGUAGCUAAUAAUUUUAAUUCAAGAAUUUGUAGCAAGCAGAACAGCUGGACUUCGGUGGUUCAACAGUAAAAUGUCAUCGCCGUCCAAGCUUCGGUCCAAAAGACAAACUCGAUGCAAACGUCUGUUACAUAAACGACUGCCAAUUACAAAAUGGCUUCCAGAGUACAAUUCAGAGAAGGCUCUCGCAGAUUUAAUUGCGGGCAUCACAGUGGGUCUUACGGUUAUACCACAGGCUCUGGCAUAUGCCACACUAGCUGGGUUAAGUCCACAGGACGGUCUCUACUCAUCAUUCAUGGGAUGUUUCGUCUACAUAGUGUUCGGGUCCUGCAAGGACAUUACUUUGGGCCCGACCGCACUGCUGGCUCUCAUGACACACCAACAGAUACAGGACAGAAACCCUGAUUAUGCUGUAUUACUCUGCUUUCUUUCUGGCGUAGUACAACUUGUGAUGGGCAUAUUACAUUUAGGUGUAUUAAUAGAUUUCAUAUCGGUACCGGUCACAGUUGGCUUCACUUCAGCUACAUCUGUGAUUAUCGCUGUGUCACAACUCAAAGGCCUUCUAGGACUACAGUUCAAAUCUGGCCAAUUUUUAGACACCGUACAAAAGGUGAUAACGAAUAUACCAAAUGCGAGAAUUGCUGACAGCUCUUUAGGUAUAUCGUGUAUAGUGAUACUUUUAGUAAUGCGUAAAAUGAAAGACAUAAAUCUGCCUCCGAGUCAGAAAGGCUUAAAGAAAACUCUUUGGUUGCUGUCUACGUCAAGAAACGCUAUUGUGGUGAUAGGAUGCUCUUUAGCAGCGUUCCUCUUUGACAAAUAUUCCACUCAGCCUUUCAAACUCACAGGGACUGUUAAGGAUGGUCUCCCCUCUCUUCGCCUGCCACCAUUCUCCACAACCCUGGAUGACGGAAGACAAGUCAGCUUCAUGGAAAUGUGCUCAGAUCUCGGCUCUUCCAUAUUCAUAGUUCCUGUUAUUGCUGUAUUAGGCAAUGUGGCUAUUGCCAAGGCUUUCGCAAGCGGGGAGUCAGUAGAUGCUACACAAGAGUUGAUAACUCUUUCGUUCUCGAACAUAUUCGGUUCGUUUGCGGGUGCUAUGCCGAUCACCGGGUCUUUCUCCCGGAGCGCGGUGAACCACGCCAGUGGAGUCGCCACGCAGUUCGGUAGCAUUUAUACAGGUAUAUUGGUGCUGUUGGCACUGAGUCUGUUGACUCCGUACUUCUACUUUAUUCCCAAAGCGGCGCUGGCGGCCGUCGUGAUAUGUGCUGUGAUAUUUAUGAUAGAAUAUGAAGUAGUAAAACCAAUGUGGCGGUCUCGUCGAGCGGACCUCCUCCCCGCGUUCGCGACAUUCGCUCUAUGUCUGUCAGUGGGCGUAGAACUGGGCAUCUUAGCCGGGGUAGCUGUUAAUGUGAUACUACUGUUAUACCCCAGUGCUCGGCCCCAGUUGGAUGCUGAGAUUAUUACUAAUGCAUCAGGCUUCAGUUACGUUCUAGUAACAGUGGGCAACAGUCUAUAUUUCCCCGGAGUUGAGUACAUCAGACAGUACGUGGAGCGAGCUGCUAAGAAACAAGGCGGCUGCAGCAUGCCCGUCGUUAUAGACUGCCGAUAUGUGCUGGGAGCAGACUUCACAGCAGCUAAAGGCAUCUGCGCACUAUCAAGUUCGCUGGCAUCCCGAGGACAGCCGCUAGUGCUGCUGUCUCCCCGCGCCAGCGUCGCCUCCGUGUUCAGUGGCGCUGGCUCUAAUGUCGUCGUCGUGCUGACCAGCGCGGAACUAGACUCCACAUUACAUAGUCUUACCGGACAAAUCCCCCUACCAAUUCUAAACAACAAAGAACACACACCGCCUCCCAAGUACGACUCCCUAAAACAAUCCGAUGACGACAUCACGGAAAUCGUCAUUACAGAAGAACAAAACAGUGUCCCUUUGUUAUGCAAGAACGGGACGAGAUCUCAUCCGAGCGACGCUAAUGAUACGUGACGGUAAUACGUCGUAUUUUAAAUAAGAUUAGAUGUAUUUUGACUGAGGUUUUUUUUUUGGUUUAAGGCGGGAUUUGUCGUGAAGUAAGCUGCAACGUAUGUAUGAAAAAAUAUGUACAUUUGAGUCACUACAGAGCAAAAAUGUUGCGUUUGUGUACGUGCAAAUAUGUACACAGAAUUGAAAGUGAACUGGCUUGAGGCGCGGCUCAUCCCCAUAUUUUUACAAAGCCGUAUGAGGCUAAACUGGCUCAAAGUGCGGCACGCCCAACAUUUUUGUACACAACACUAAUACUGUAAUAGUUUGUACUUUAAAUUCAAUUUAAAUCCAUUACAAAAAUAUAUUUCAGCAAAAAUCCCUCUAUUAAACCAAUUAAACUUCAGUAUGUAAGUAUUAGUGUAGAUAGAUGUUUCGUACAAGUUCGACAAAGUUACCUUUUUGAAUAUAGUUCCUAAAGUAUGUUUAACCAAUAAAAAGUACUUAAAAAGUGAUUGGCUAAUAUGUGCCCUUUCUAAGUAUGAAUGCUGCCCUAAAUGUCAGUUUAGAAUAUUGACAUUUGUUAUAAAAUAAUCAAGCCGUCCGACUUAUUAGAAUCCUCUUAUCGUUCCAAAAUAUAUUUCAGGUUUGCUUUGCUAACCUUACCUACUGUUGUCUAUAGUCUACGGCUCUUCCAACUAUCCAACUUCAUACUUCCAAGAUUCCUUUUUAAAUUAUAUUUAACUAGCUUCUGCCAGUGGUUUCACCCUCAUCCCGAGAGAACUACAUCUCGCAACCAAACAAAACAUGGGCUUCCUCAAACAAAAAUAUUUCUUCCAAUUCCACACACUCUUUAGCCUAAUAUAGUAUAGUUAAAUGAGUCUGAAAUAACAUUUGGUCUAUAUGUAUGUGUGUCCUCCCGUAAAGUCUUUCCAAGUAGGUAAGUUAUUAAUUACUAUUGUCGAUCUUGUACAUGAUGAUGAAUAAAUUAGUUUAAGUUUAAAGUAGAUAAAUUAAUUUACUAUGUAUUUAUAUAUCUAGUGGCGUCCAACGCUAUAUGUUCAAUCUGACUCAUGCUCGACCUGUCGAAAGCACUCAAACAAUCAACUUUUUUUACAAAGAAUGUAUAUAUGAUCUGAAAUAUUGUAAUCUUAGAAAACUUUUCGAUAGUUCAAGCAUCAGUGAUUGUCUCUUUCGGCAAGUUUAAAUAACAUAUCAGCAUCAAGCAUUUUUUACUGCCCUGUUCUCAUUAUACUGAAAAUCCUUUAAUAUAAUUUUGCUGCCAGAAAAGUUGCCCGCAAAGACAAAAAUCUGCCAACUAUAUUUAUAUUGUACUUUGUAAAGUAUGCCCUCCCUAUUUAAUUAUUAUUAUUUAGUUAUAAUGGUACUACCGCCUAUUUUCACUAACAACUUAAACGUAAGUUUUUCGUAAAACAACUGUUUACUUCAAAUAUUGAACCUGAAAAUUCAUAGUAAACAUUUGUUUUAAGAAAACUGAUUUUUAUGCUGUCGGUGAACUUGGGCCUAGGUCUUUUAUAAUGCAAUACUUGUUAAGCCAAGUAGUUAGUGAAAAGUGUGUUUUAUACUGCUAAUUUUAUUAUGUAGUUCGGGUAAUUUUUGUGUAGUUUUGUGCAGUUUCAGAACGUGGUAAAUAAGUAAAUAUGUAUUUUGUCGGCAAAGGUAUGUCCUACUUAGAUAUUAUUUAAAACGUUUAUUUUAUCUUAUUGUAAUGUUCGAAUAUUGUCAGCUAAUUCUAUAAGAAAUGGAAUUAUUUGAUUUUGAA